CUAAAUAUCGUAUAAAUAGGCCACAUUCUCACCAUACUCGACAUCGUACUUCACCAGCCGUAUACUUCACCGCACGUCAGUACCGACUCUAACAAACGGACAAAAUGAAAGCCAUCAUUGCCCUGUGCCUCAUCGCCGGAGUGUCGGCCCAGUACGCCUACAACAACCAGUACGAAAUUGGCGUUCCGCAAAACUAUUACGCCGGCCAGCAGCAGUACAAUGGUCAGUACAACCAGGGCCAGUACCAACCGACCAAGACGAUCCCUGACUCGCGCUGCCCCCGUACCGAUGAUCCGAUGCGUCCGGUCCAUCUGCCGUACGCCGGCCAUUGCGACAAGUUCCUGAAGUGUACCGGCGGCAUGGGCUUCGUCAUGGACUGUCCGGCCGGACUUGAGUUCAGCGUGCGCAUGAACCGCUGCGACUAUCCGUCCGUUGCUCAGUGCCGCGUCUAAUCGAUGGAAACCUCGGUACGAUGAUCGGCCGCCCAGGCCGCCGUCGCGGAAGCGCUGGGAGUACACGACUCGGGACAACCUUAAGUGAACCCAAAACUGAACGUUUGAAUGCAUCAAGGGCCAUACAGACCAACAUUUGGUGUUAGUCAAUAUCUUGCUUUUGUUUUAUCCUCUAACAAAUAAAACACCUUCAUAAUGCCAAUCGAAA